AUGAGCCACAGGGUGAAGCCGAACAACGACCUCAUCGUGAACCACAGGGAGAAGAUGUACAACAACCUCAUCACGACGAUCAGGGAGAAGUCCAGCCUGAUGCACUACAUGUACCCCGGGGUGAAGCUGAACAACAACCCCACCUUGGCGGUCCUGAAGAAGCUACAGAUGGAUGGAUUAAACGCGGAGGCAAAUGGCGCCAGGGAUUUGAUCGCUGGCACUAUCGAGAUGGAUCGCUCAAACCGGGCAAUGCAUCGGCGCGGGGGCGAGUUCUUCUUCGGCUUCGUCGUCUAUCGCUGUGGUGGAUGGACAUGGGGCGAGUUCUUCAUCGGCAUCUUCGUCUACUGUUGGGAUGGUUGGGGGCAUAGGGACGACUUCUUCCUCGGAGUCAUAACGGAGGACAAGGUCGUCAACGGCAAGAGAGGAGGGCAAAGCGAGUCCAGGAAUGCCGAGACACAGAAUGUCGCAGUGCAACAUGGAUCGACAACACAAUCGAUGCCAAUGUGCCCGCCAAAUAGCUAUGGUGGUGGCUUCGCCUGGGGACCGGAACUGUUUGGCCCAAACAGGACUCGCGCAGCAUAUGAUGAUGACAUCGUGCUGGAAAGUGAGCGGGGACGUCACCAGCACCGAGAUGACACUCCUGGGGGUGAUUUUCCUGAUAAUACCGCAUUGACUACCACGACAAGCACUGCCUGGGAUGACGAGGAUGAGGAAGAGGAGGUGAACUUCAUGCAGAUGAGGAACACUGAGCAGGCGGACCUCAGACAGCUCCGUAUGCCGGAGCCGCAACUCCAAAGAUUGGAAAAUCUGCUUGAUGGCUUGGCUGACCAUCAGGAAGCGGGUCGGGGGCCAAAUGCACGCUGGGCCUUGGCAUGUAUAGUGCGGCGUACCUAUCACAUCCAGGACCUCCUGGAGCUGUAUAUCCGAGUUCUACAACGAAGGUUGCAGCCGCAGGGAUAUUGGCCGAUCGUAAGAGUCCCACGUCAACGUAGCCACGCCAAUCACAUCUACAACUGGGCCAGGCAGUUUGGAACUGUGCUACGGCAGAGCCUGGAAGAGUGUCUGCAACUACCUUUGGAUACCAACGACUUUGAGGAGGCAGACCAGCUACAACAUACGGUAUCCACAUCGUCUGAGGUUCUAGACUCUGGAUCCUCGUUCACAAGUGGACCCAUGGGUGAUGCUGACUCCAGAUGUACAAGGAGCCGAAGUCGAAGUCCCAGCUCAAGGAGACCAACAACUACGCGACGAUCCACCCGACAAGCCUCAUCGUCACUGACGCUAAAUAGCGAAGAAAGCGUCAGUGAAGACAGACACCACAUCCUGAUUGACCCCAAUGAGCUCAUGGGCAUAUGGCGGGAAUAUGUGGACCCCGACGAGGGGACGACAACUGGAGUGGUAUCGGCGGCUACUGGCAGCAAUGACCCAAUAGUUGCUUCAGGUCCUACGAAUGGGGUGAUGGAUGACUUGCGGGUUGCUUCGGCUGAUGAGGAUGGUGAUGUUUGCCAUGCAGAAGAUGCCCCUGCAGAUGUGCCCUCCGGGGAGGAAGUGGAUGAUGUUGGGGGUGACGAAGUCAGUGGCAUGCAACUUUCAGUGGUGGGGAGCUCGUUUUCUUGGACAACUACCUCUACGACGUGGGCGAUGUCUUUGUAUGCUAAUGAAGUGAUCUGCACUACGACAACGACGAGCACUACUACAGUGACGAGCAGAUCGGGGAUGGACUCUGUGCGAGAUGCGGUCAACGAACAACUGGUCCAGGGGGGCGUCGCCGACACACGUGAAGUGUUACGACGCCUUGUUGCCCGUCUACGACAUCUACGACGUCUCCAGGGCUUGGUGGAGGAGGCCAUUGUGGAAUGCUUACAAUGGGUGCCGGUCUCGCUUCGACUACGUCCGUGGAAUGCGCGGCUUCAGGAGCGCAUCAUCUGGCAACAGAUAAUGGCUGUUGGCGCCCAGGAUGAGGACCUGCAACCUGCGCCGGUGGACGUGGAUGACUUUGCCCAUGUCCUUAUGCAGCCAAAUCUCCCUGGGCCAGAAGUGAUGGGUGACAUGAUGCCACAUAUCCCGCAGGCCAUGUGGGGUGCUUUACGGCGUCGACUCUGGAAUCUCUGGAGGAGUCAUGUGCAAGGUUAUGGCCAAGCGCUGGCCCCGCAGACCGCCUCGUCGAGUACGACCCUGUACUUGGUCCAGGCUGACGACGACACGUUGGUGAACACUACGGGGCUAGAAGAAGAAGUACCGCUUGACUACUGGGAGGCAAUGACAAGAACGGGCACCGUGAACAACGAGACCAGCAACGUGUACAUCGUGGACAUCGUGAACAUCGUGCACAUCCUGAACCACGUCGAGUACAUGAAGAGCAUCGCGGUUCUGAAAGCAGUUAUGAACGACGUCGCAGAAGAACCCCAAACUCGCCUCAACUAG